GGGGGGGUGUGCAGCCUGGACCUGGGGGGUUCUGACCGGUUUUCUUCCCACACAGGUGGGAACAGGGAGAGCUCCAGCAGCCCGGGGCACUGCAGGUCCUCAGCCUGGCAGGAGGAAGCUGAGGCCAUCGGGUACUGAUGGAUGUUUCCAACAGCCCUGAGCGAAACCCCUGCUCUCCUGAUGAGGACCAGCAGCUUUCUGACGACGAGGUCCUGAAGGGGAGCGGAUCGGAGCGGGGACUUGAUGGAGAGGGUGGGCAAGGCAGCAUCCUGGGCGAGGAGGAGGAUGCAGCCCGGGCAUUGAGCCGUGGCGAGGAGAACCACUCGGAUGAGGAGGACCACUUGAGCGAAGCCAAGUCUCAGGACUCUGACAACAACGAGCAGAGUGGGGAGCUGAAGAGCCCCCCUCCUCGCAAAGGAGAGGAGGAAAACCGCGCCAACGACCUUGGUGAUGAAGCAUCCUCUGUCACCCGCGAGCUGGAUGAGCAUGAGUUGGACUAUGAUGAGGAAGUUCCUGAGGAAUCAAGUGCUGCUCCUGCAGAGGAGGAUGUUGAGAAAGCUGCUGGUGAGGAUGAUGAGGAAGAGGAGAAAGGAGAUGAUGCUCCUGAAGAGGAGAAAAAAUCCAGCAGUAAAAGCGACGAUGAAAAGGAUGGCCAGGAUCCCGUCAAGGAGAAGAAGAAAGAAGAAGAUGAUGGAGAGAUCGAUGAUGGCGAAAUUGAUGACGAUGACUUGGAAGAAGGAGAAGUUAAAGAUCCCAACGACAGAAAAGUGAGGCCACGUCCCACCUGCAGGUUCUUCAUGAAAGGUCAUUGCACUUGGGGCAUGAACUGUCGAUUUAUACACCCCGGGGUGAAUGACAAAGGAAACUACUCCUUGAUCUCCAAGCCUGAGCCCUUCUCCCCGAAUGGCGCACCACCCAUCGGCCCUCACCCCCUGAUGCCAGCCAACCCGUGGGGAGGGCCGGUGGUUGAUGAAAUCUUACCUCCCCCUCCUCCGGAUCCUCCAACAGAAAGUGCCUGGGAGAGAGGACUCCGGCAUGCAAAGGAGGUAUUAAAAAAGGCAACGAUGAGAAAAGAACAGGAGCCUGACUUUGAGGAAAAGAGGUUCACUGUGACUAUUGGAGAAGACGAGCGUGAAUUUGACAAAGAAAAUGAGUUUUUCCGUGACUGGAAUUACCGCAUCACCAGAGAUGUCCGAGAUCCAGCGGAGGUGGACAUCAAAGAAAACAUUAACUAUGGGCUUGAUCCCUAUGCAGAUCCCUAUUACGACUAUGAAAUAGAACGGUUCUGGCGCGGUGGGCAGUAUGAGAAUUUCAGGGUCCAAUACACAGACCCAGACCCAUACCGUAACUACAGAGUAAGUAAGGAAAGAGAGCGAGAACGGGAAAGGGAAAGAGAAAACAGACAACGGGAGAGGGAACGAGAAAGGGAGAGGGAACGGGAGCGAGAGCGACGCCAAAGGGAGCGGGAACGGGAGCGCGAACGGGAGCGCGACAAGGAACGGCAGCGGAGGAAAGAAGAGUGGGAACGGGAGAGGGAGCGGGUGAAGAGAGAUGAGAAGGACAGGCAGCACCGGGACCGGGACAGAGACCGGGACAGGGACCGGGACCGGGACAAGGACAAAGAUAAACCAAAGCCCCGGUCCCCGCUGCUACCAAGCCGUCAGCCUGAGCCACCAAAGAAGGAGAAGGAGGCUUCCGCCAUCGCCACCGCUCAGUCCAAGAGAGCAGACGAAUGGAAGGACCCCUGGCGCCGAUCCAAGUCCCCCAAAAAGAAACUGGGGCUGUCUGUCUCUCCCAGCCGUGCCCGUAGGCGCCGGAAAACCUCUGCUUCUUCAGCUUCCGCUUCUGGCUCUUCAAGGUCCUCUUCUCGGUCGUCCACCUAUUCUGGUUCAGGCUCCUCACGAUCUCGUUCCAGAUCGUCCUCUUACAGCUCUUACUCUAGCCGCUCUUCAAGACACAGCUCUUUCUCAGGCAGCAGGUCCAGGUCACGGUCCUUCUCAUCGUCACCCUCUCCUUCCCCAACACCAUCUCCACACAAGCCACUUGCAAAGACUAAAGGAGACUUGUUACCACCUGCUGGUAAAGGUGAAAAAUCAGUGAAGAAACUAGCUGCCCUUCCAGUCCCUCAGCCGCUCACUAAAAUUACAGCAGCUGCACCAGAGCCAGCCAAACCAGGGGAUAAUAGGGAGGCGAGAAGGAAGGAACGUCAGACCAGGACUCCACCCAGGAGGCGGACCAUCAGCGGCAGCAUCAGCGGCAGCGCCAGCAGCUACAGCGGCUCCAGCUCCCGGUCCAGGUCCCUGUCUCGGUCUCUCUCCAGAUCUCAUUCCAGAUCGUCGUCUGCCUCAGCCUCCCACUCCCCGUCUGGAUCCAGGAAAUCCAGGUCCCUGAGCGUGAGCAGCGUUUCUUCUGUCUCUAGUGCCUCCUCCAGCAGCAGCUCUGUGCGCAGCGCCGACUCGGAAGACAUGUAUGCCGACCUGGCCAGCCCUGUGUCCUCGGCCAGCUCCCGAUCCCCCACCCCGGCGCAGCAGAAGAAAGGUAGAGGAAAGUCGAAAAAAGAAGAUAGCGCUAAAGAGGAGAAGCGGAAACGGGACGUGCCUGCUCAGCUGAAAUCAGCCAAGCCCACCCAGGGGGGCAAAUCCCAGCAGCUCCUCCAAACGCAGCAGCCCACGGCCCCCCAGUCCCAGCAGGGAGGCUUCAGCGCUCACAAAGAGAUCAAACUGACGCUCUUGAAUAAGGCAGCUGACAAAGGAAGCAGGAAGAGAUACGAGCCAGGAGACAAAGACAGGCCGACCUCUCCUCCCGCCAAACGGGCCAACCUGUCACCCGACAGAGGCUCUCGCGACAGGAAGGCAACUGGGAGAGCCUCAUCCCCCAAACAGGAACGACAGAGGGGCCAGAACCCAAAACCAUCUCCUGCACAAGCUGACAGGAAGCGCCAGCUCUCGCCGCAGUCCAAGAGCUCCAGCAAAGUGACGAGCAUCCCGGGCAAAGCAUCAGAGCCCGGCCCCGCGGGCGCCAAGGGGGGCAAGUCCAGCACGCUGUCCCGGCGCGAGGAGCUCCUCAAGCAGCUCAAGGCCGUGGAGGAUGCCAUCGCUCGCAAGCGAGCCAAAAUCCCUGGGAAAGUAUAG